ACAAAAAAAACCGUUAUUAUUUGCCCAUUUCUUUCUUGUGAUUUCUCUCUCUUCAAUGGCGUCAGUAACAGAGUCGAUUGCCGCCCUCUCUUUUCCUACUACUUCACGCUUUAGAACUUCAUUGUCACGGCCGGCGAUGAUGAUCUCACAGCCGGCGGUUUCUUUGUAUAGCCACCGAGGUUUGCCGGAAUUUAAAGGGCUGAAAGUCCAAUCCUAUUCACUGUUUUCGUUCGCGUCCACGAAUUCCAGAUAUCCUAGGGUUUCCAAGCAUAGUGGACGCAUUGUUUGCGAAGCUCAGGAAACUGCUAUUGACAUUCCAGCUGUGACCGAUGAAACAUGGCAAUCACUUGUGCUCAACGCAGAUGGACCUGUACUAGUCGAGUUCUGGGCUCCUUGGUGUGGACCAUGCCGCAUGAUCGAUCCCGUAAUAGGUGAACUAGCACAGCAAUACGCAGGAAAACUCAAGUGCUUCAAACUGAAUACGGACGAUAGCCCCUCGAUCGCUUCCCAAUAUGGAAUCCGAAGCAUCCCGACACUCAUGAUCUUCUUGAAUGGUGAGAAAAAAGAUGCAGUUAUUGGUGCUGUGCCAAAAAGUACUCUAUCAGCAAGCAUAGAGAGAUUCUUGUAGAUAGCGAUUCAUAAGAAGUGAUAUUGACUGAUGGAAUCAUGGAAGUGUCCAGCACUCAUCACCCACUUGGCUUUGGUUAGAUGCUUUAUUUCUCUUUAUGUGAUGUUGAAAAUUUUCCUACUUUUAUGUCAAAUUUGGAACCGUUCCUUGUCUCGUACACAUGCUUAUGUCUGUAUUUUGAAAAUAUUAAUUAUUGCUAACUAUAUACUAUAUAUUCAGCUUACAAAA